AAAUAGUCUUACCUUUGAGAACUGUAGAUUUAGCGGCAAAAAUCAUGACACUGACAACGAUUAAAGACGGCGAAUACACCGCCACUGUCUACAAAAUGAUCAAAGAUGGGCGGUAUGGAGAGGCUGUCCACAUCCUCAGCAAUGAACUGCAGAAACAGAUGAAGUCACGGGCAGCCCUGUCUCUGCUAGGCUACUGCUACUACCACAUGCAGGACUUCACCAACGCAGCAGAGUGCUAUGAGCAGCUGACCCAGCUACACCCCGAGGUGGAGGAGUACAGGCUGUAUUACGCCCAGUCUCUGUACGGGGCCUGUGCCUACCCCGAGGCCAUGAAGGCUACCUUUCUAUUGGACAACCCUACCAGCCACACCAAGAUGAUCAAACUGCAGGCAUCCAUCAAAUACGGAGAAGAGGAGUACUCUGGAGCGAAGACACUGGUAGAGCAGCUUCCCCAGGACGACCCAGACUAUGACGUGGACAUGGGCUGUCUACUCUACAAGGAGGGGGAGUACGAGGAGGCUUGCAAGAAGUUCAUGUCUGCCAUGCAGGUGCUGGGCUACCAACCAGAACUGUCCUACAACAUAGGUCUGUGCUACUACAGUAUGAAACAGUAUGGUCAGGCCCUCAACUUCAUGGGAGAGAUCAUCGAGAGAGGGAUCAGGGAACAUCCAGAGCUGAGCGUUGGCAUGACGACAGAGGGCAUUGACGUGAGGAGUGUUGGGAACACCCUGAUCCUACAUGAGACCGCCCUCAUAGAAGGAUUCAACCUCAAGGCUGCUAUAGAAUACCAGCUCAAAAACUGCGAUGCAGCUCAGGAGGCCUUGACUGACAUGCCUCCCAGAUCAGAGGAGGAGCUGGAUCCAGUGACACUCCACAACCAGGCCCUGAUGAACAUGAAUAAGAAGCCAUCGGAGGGUUUUGAGAAACUGGCCUUCCUCCUGCAGCAGAUCCCCUUCCCCCCGGUCACCUUCGGAAACCUGCUGCUACUAUACUGCAAAUAUGAGUAUUUUGAUCUGGCUGCUGAUGUGAUGGCAGAGAAUGCA